AUGACCAGUGUCUCCCAUAAUCAUCCUUUGGUUUACACCUUUGGCAUUUUGGGUAACUUAGUCUCCUUCAUGGUGUUUAUUGCCCCAGUGCCAACAUUUUACAGGAUCGUUAAGAAGAAAUCAUCAGAAGGGUUCCAUUCAUUACCAUAUGUUGUUGGGUUAUUUAGUGCAAUGCUUUGGAUUUACUAUGCAAUGGUUAAAACUAAUGUUACCCUUCUCAUCACCAUCAACUCUUUUGGCUGCAUUGCUGAGACCAUUUACGUCGCGAUUUAUUUUACUUACGCCACAAAAAAAGCAAGGAUGAAAACACUAGGACUUGUCCUUCUGUUGAAUUUUGGUGCCUUUGGGUUGAUUCUUUUCCUCACACAAAUUUUAUGCAAAGGAACAAAAAGAGUUGAAGUCAUUGGAUGGAUUUGCAUGGCAUUUUCUAUCAGUGUAUUUGUUGCACCUCUAAGCAUUAUGGGACGUGUAAUACGGACCAAAAGUGUGGAAUUCAUGCCAUUUAACUUGUCAUUAGCUCUUGCAGUUAGUGCUGUUAUGUGGUUUUUGUAUGGUUUACUUUUGAAGGACGUCUAUGUCGCGGUACCAAACAUACCGGGCAUGAUACUUGGAGUGCUCCAAAUGGUGUUAUAUGGAAUAUAUAGAAACUCCAAGACAAACGACAUCGUAGCAGAGAAGGAAUUACCCACCGUGGUAAGGGUGGAUCAAGAGCAGCCCACAAAAGUCAAUUGUGAAGUUUAUCCAGUUAAUCUACUAUCAUUGGACAGUACAAAUGGAGAAGCUAAAGAUGGUAAAAAUCUUGAAGAUCCCCAAAUUAACUCUCAAGUUUAA